CCGCUUUUCCUCACAAGGGUCAUGGGGGUGCUGGAGCCUAUCCCAGCUGUCUUCGGGCGAGAGGCGGGGUACACCCUGGACUGGUGGCCAGCCAAUCACAGGGCACAUAUAGACAAACAACCAUUCACACUCACAUUCAUACCUAUGGACAAUUUGGAGUGGCUAAUUAACCUAGCAUGUUUUUGGAAUGUGGGAGGAAACCGGAGUACCCGGAGAAAACCCACGCAUGCACGGGGAGAACAUGCAAACUCCACACAGAGAUGGCCGAGGGUGGGAAUUGAACCCUGGUCUCCUAGCUGUGAGGUCUGUGCGCUAACCACUGGACCGCCGUGCCACCCCAAAGAGGAAAUAUGUUAUUCUAUAUAUGUUAUAAAUAUCCACACACGCCUCUAUUUCCUUGUGGAUGCCGACCUGCAUGGCUUUUCCGAGGCUGAAUUUUACCACCGGGUGUUUCACUCUCUGCUUGCAGGCCGCCCAAACCAGUUGAACAACGUUUGGAGCUUUAUGACACGUUUGUCUGGAUUCUUCUGCUGGCUUCACUUUCGACAGAGAGCUGAACGCAUCGAGUUAGCAGAACAACCGUAAAAUAACCGAAACACCAAUGAUCUCCGUGCCUGCAUUUUUACCAUACGGUCAUUUAUUUAGCGCCACCUGUUGGAUCCUUGCUCAUAAACCACAUUAGAACACACCAAGAUGUAAGUAGAAUUCAGGGGGAAGCGCUCUUGCUAUAUUUAGCUAGAGGUCUAGCGACAAAUGUAGCAAAGAGACUUUGAAAGAGUUUGACAUAAAAGUAUCUAUCGCUCUUCUCAACGAGCCUCGGGUGCUUCUGCACUCACACGCGGCUCCAUCUUGUUUGUGACAUUUCAAAACAACAUUUGUGGUUCUAAACCAGGGCUAGUAGAACGUUCCAAAGUAGAACGGAAGAAGAACGUGAAAAUAUUAUGAGGAAAAAUUUUGAGAAUUGUAGUAAAUAGGACAAGUAAUGUGAUCUUAGUCGUAAACUUGAAAUAUUAAAGCGUUUUUUAAGUCAUAAUAUAUCAAAUAUUUUGGAAAAAAGGUUGUGGAAAAUGUUAAAAAAUUGUCAAAAAAAUUAUGGGAGGAUAGGAAAUUGAUAAGAACAAAAUUUACAAGAAAAAGUAAACUAGAAAAAUUAAAAACAGCAAACAUGGAAACAAUUUAGCUGUAAUUUUACACGAUUUUACUUUAACACAUAAUAAAUAUACACAUAAGAAAUAAAAUAAUUACUGAAUUAUUGAAAAAUGAUUGGUCAGGAAUUAAGUUGUCAUAUUAUGUGGAAAAAUAACAUAAUUUUUGCAGCAUAGAGUUGACAUAUUAAAGAAAGAUUUCACUUACAAGAACAAUUACAAGAAAAAAGUAGAACUAGUUGGAAAAUUCAAACCAGAAAAUGAAAAAAAAGUCAAAAUAUUAAAAAUGAUUGGCCCGCUUCAUAUUCUAAAAAUAGAAUUUAACAAGGAAACAGCUUCAGCAGCAAAAAAUGUCAAAUUUUCAGGAAUUAAAUUGUCAUAUUAUGAGGAAAAAUAACAUCAUUUUAGCAGCAUAGAGUUGACAUAUUAAAGAUUUUUUUUAAAGUCACUUACAAGAACAAUUACAAGAAAAAAAGUAGAAAUAGUUGGAAAAUUCAAACUAGAGAACGAAAAAAAGUCAAAAUAUUAAAAAUGAUUGGCCCGCUUCAUAUUCUAAAAAUAGAAUUUAACAAGGAAACAGCUUCAGCAGCAAAAAAUGUCAAAUUUUUCAGAAAUUAAGUUGUCAUAUUAUGUGGAAAAAUAACAUAAUUUUAGCAGCAUAGAGUUGACAUAUUAAAGAAAGAUUUCACUUACAAGAACAAUUACAAGAAAAAAGUAGAAAUAGUUGGAAAAUUCAAACUAGAAAACAAAAAAAAAAUCAAAAUAUUAACAAAAGGCACAAUUUUACAAAAAUAAACUGGUAAUAUUACAAAGAAAAAUUAUGAUUGAAACAUUAAAAUGCCUGUGGCAAAUUCUAAAAAUAUAAUCUAACAAGAAAACAACUACAGCAGCAAACAUUGAACAAUCUGCAGUAAAUGUACAAAAAUAGUCGGAAUAUUACAAAAUAACAUUUAUGGAGCAUAAAGUUGAAUGUUAAAAAUAUACUUUUAUUUAAAGUCAUAACAUCUAAACAACCACCAAAAUAAUGAAUAAUAGGAAGCACAUUUCCAAGCAAAAAGUAGAAAUGAAAAAUUGUAAAAUGAACAAUAGAAAACAGGUCAAAUUAAGUCAAAAAUAUUGAGAAAUAAAAUAAUAAUAAUAUUAUUAAUAUUGUAACAAAAGGUACAAUUAACUAUUGUCAACUAUUGAGAAAAAAAUAAUUGCUUAUUGUAAAAUUGUUUUUAUAUUGACAUGUUGACCAGAAAGCCCCAAACAUCCCACGUGGGUGGGUUUUAAAUUUAAAUGGCACCCUAACCCCUCCCACUCCCACAGCAAGUAGGUCAGUCAAGUGGACCCAGACCACCAGACCCCCCCAUCUCCCCUUCCCUCCCCACAGGCGCGGACACUUUGACCAGCAUGGCCUCCACGCCUUCCGCCUCUGCCCUGACCUCCGUGCUCCGGUGUCGAGGGAAGCUUUUGGCGAGGAAUCCACCCGCCAAGCGGACGGCCACAGCGGCCUUGAGUCCGGCGCUGGCCUCCAGACGCAGGCGCGACCAGUCGACGGAUCACAACCGGUCACGUCGAGCUCGCGUGUGGGCGUUUGUGCCCGGAGAGAGGUGCGUGCUGGCUGCGGGGUUCAACUCUUCCCCGGCGGGUGAAGCCAUCAGGGGUGUCGGGUCGAGGCAUCCGCGAGGGGCGGCUCGCCUUCCCGAGCCUCGCGGCCUCACAGUGACCACCAGGCGGCCCCGGGAAGCACAACAACACGACGGGGUGCUUCGACAUGCACGCGCGUGCCAAGUUCGGUUUCUGACCCGGGACCCUUGUCGGGUCUCAUGUGACGUUUGGAAAGCGUCCUACGUGCGGGCUGGAUGGUCGACUUUGAGUCACACCUGCUGGUCCCUCAAACUUCUGUUGACGCAAGCGGUGUUCUGUAAGAUGGCGAUGCCGUGCAGCACCACCAGAGGGCGCAGUGAUACGGCGAACGUCACCGACGGUGCUGUACAGAUGAAUGGAGAAAUCCCUCCUCCUUCAGACCUCGACCCCUCUAAAGACUCUGGACCAAAGACACCAAAAAACAAACCUCACUGAGCCCCAACAACUCGGAAAUUAAAUCUGCGUGACCCUUCCUAUUUAUUGACUUGUUUUUUGGGAAAACCACAGUAUUAGGUACACGUGUCCAACAAGUGGACUGGAUCAUACAUUUCUCCUCAUUGGACGUAAGCAUAUUGUUUUUGUGUGUGGUCUGAUGUUUACAAAAUGCUCC